AGGACUGUUCAGAAAAACUUCAAUUCAUUUCAACCUUUAAUAUUUUAUUUUGAUCUUAUUUUAAUCGAAAUGGAAUCUAAUCAAACGACUGGAUCAAUAGAAAGUUCAGAUAGUCAGAGAGUUAGUACAGGCCCACAAGAACAUAUGGACGAUGAAGAAAUUGAAAAUGAACCAACAUUAACGCUUGAUCAAUCUACCCUACAAAUUAUACCAUCACACCUACGGAAAUUGUUAAUACAAUUAAAGGGAGCAACUCCCACACAAUAUAAUGUGAUGAAUUGUCUUGUUGUUGCUUUGGCUUUGGAAACUGGCUUCAUUGGUGAUUGGUGCUAUUGUGAUGAUGUCUUAAAAAAUUAUGCACUCAACUGGAGUUAUUCUUUUGAUCGGCGACUUAUACUUGACGUUGCAAAUUUACCAAUAGAUUUUUCAAAUAACAACACAUCAAAGAUUCUAAAAUUUAAAUUUAGUAUAAGUCCGAAUAACGAAAUUGUAGUUUUAAGUGUAGAUUCUGGUGAUUUGCUUAUAUUAUCUGCUUAUUUGAAUGACAAUCGUACUUUGAAAUCAACAAGUUGCCUUGCUUUACCUGUCUCACGAUAUGUUAUUAAGGCUAUUAAUUUGAACAAUUUACCGAGCAUAUUCCGUAAUUUAAAAGAGUUAUCGAUUAUGCUAAAAAAUAAUUUAUUUUUACCACUGCGUAAUAAGAUAUAUUCAGAAUUGACAUUGAAAUUCCCAAAUCCAUCUCUUGUUGGAACUUCGGAAUUUAUUUUGCCCAUAAUAAUACGUUAUUUAAACAAAAAAGAUCUUGUUGCUUUGGGAAGUACUUGUAAAACUAUUCAUAAUGUAAUUUCUUUUUAUAAAUCUAAUAAGAAAGAAACAUGAAAUAAAUAUUUGAUAUUUAUAGAAAAUUACAGAA